CUAUUUUUUUCUUUUCCGCUCAGAUCCUAACGCUCAGCAACAUGCCGAAGAUUCGCGCCGAGUCGACUUCGCGCCGCACCCGCGACGAGACCGCCAAAGCCGCGUCCACCGUCAGCCAAGCCAUCCAGUUCGACAAGUCGUUUGGCCAGCAUAUCCUGAAGAACCCGCUGAUUGUCAACGGCAUCAUUGAGAAGGCUGGAUUGCGAAACACGGACACGGUGCUUGAAAUCGGUCCCGGUACUGGUAACUUGACCAUGAAGCUGCUUGAAGCGUCCAAGAAGGUCGUUGCUUGCGAAGUCGACGUCCGUCUCGUUGCAGAGUUGCAGAAGCGUGUCAUGGGCACACCAUACCAACGCAACCUCGAAAUCUUGGUCGGAGAUGUGCUCAAAGCCGAUCUGCCAUUCUUUGACGUUUGCGUUGCCAACAUGCCCUACCAGAUUUCUUCUCCCUUCGUCUUUAAGCUGCUUCUGCACCGGCCUUUCUUCCGCUGCGCCGUCCUCAUGUUCCAGAAAGAAUUCGCCCAGCGCCUGUACGCCAAGCCAGGAGACCCAGCAUACUGCCGUCUUUCCGUGAAUACACAACUUUUGGCACGCGUGGAUCAUUUGAUGAAGGUUGGCCGUAACAACUUCCGCCCGCCACCGCAGGUCGAGUCCGCCGUCGUUCGUAUUGAGCCGCGCAACCCUCCUCCGCCAAUCAACUUCCAAGAGUGGGACGGCCUUGUGCGCAUCACUUUUGUUCGCAAGAACAAGACUCUGCAUGCCGCAUUCAUGUCGUCCGCCGUUUUGGAAAUGUUGGAUCGCAACUACCGAACAUUCUGCGCGCUUAACAACACUGAGCUUCCUGAAGGUUUCGAGAUCAAGCCGCUCGUCGAGCAAAUUCUCGAGGCGUCUGGCUUUAGCGAGAAGCGUGCUCGUUUGAUGGACACUGACGACUUUUUGCGAUUGCUCGAGGCCUUCAACAACGAGGGUGUUCAUUUCGCUUAAAACGAGUUGUAUUUGAUGAUUUUUCAUGUUGUCUCUCUUCCCCCUAGUAAAGCACUACUACUACAACUCCAAAACCUC